CGGCGGACGCCGGCAGCCGGGCGCAUGGCGGGCGCGCGGGGCUGCGGGCGGCGGCGGGCGGCGCCGGGGCAGCGGCCGGACACGGAGGAGCCUCUGCUCCUCGUGGGCUCUGCGUCCAGCCCGGGCCCCGACAGCACUCACCUCCUGUCCAGCAGCGACAGUGAUGACAGCCUGUUCUCUGGCCUGGAGGACUCGGGAAGCGACAGCAGCGAGGACACGGACGAGGCCGAGCAUGAGCACCGGGACAAGCUUGGCGGGACACAGGCCGCCUCUGCCCCGGGGAGCAUGGCGGGGCCGGCGGGCAUGCCCGAGGCCCAGGACGAGUAUGCGCAGGACAGCUCCGAUGAAGAGGACAUCCGGAACACGGUGGGCAAUGUGCCCCUGGAGUGGUAUGAUGAUUUCCCGCACGUGGGCUAUGACCUGGAUGGAAGGCGCAUCUACAAGCCCCUGCGCACGCGAGAUGAGCUGGACCAGUUUCUGGACAGAAUGGACGACCCCGACUACUGGCGCACUGUUCAGGACCGGAUGACCGGGCGCGACGUGAAGCUGACUGAUGAGCAGGUGGCCUUGGUGCAGCGGUUGCAGAGGGGCCAGUUUGGGGACGUGAACUUCGACCCAUAUGAGCCUGCAGUGGACUUCUUCAGUGGAGAGCUCAUGAUCCACCCAGUGACCAACCGCCCUGCAGACAAGCGCAGCUUCAUCCCGUCGCUGGUGGAGAAGGAGAAGGUCUCUCGCCUGGUGCACGCCAUCAAGAUGGGCUGGAUCCAGCCACGCCGGCCCCGAGACUCGGCCCCCACCUUCUAUGACCUGUGGGCUCAGGAGGAUCCCAAUGCUGUGCUAGGUCGGCACAAGAUGCAUGUGCCUGCCCCGAAGCUGGCACUGCCUGGCCACGCGGAGUCCUACAACCCACCACCUGAGUACCUGCCAAGCGAGGAGGAGCGCCUGGCAUGGGAGCAGCAGGAGCCAGGGGAAAGGAAGCUGAAUUUCCUGCCGAAAGCAUUCCCGAACCUGCGGUCCGUGCCAGCCUAUGGUCGCUUCAUCCAGGAGCGCUUUGAGCGCUGCCUUGACCUCUAUCUGUGCCCUCGGCAGCGCAAGAUGCGGGUGAACGUGGACCCUGAGGCCCUCAUCCCCAAGCUGCCACGACCACGAGACCUACAGCCCUUCCCCACGCACCAGGCCCUGGUCUACAGAGGCCACAGUGACCUUGUCCGCUGUCUGAGUGUCUCUCCCGAGGGCCAGUGGCUGGCUUCAGGUUCAGAUGAUGGCUCUGUGCGGCUCUGGGAAGUGGCCACUGCCCGAUGCAUGAAGACUCUACCUGUGGGGGGCGUGGUGAAGAGUGUGGCCUGGAACCCCCAACCCACCAUCUGCUUGGUGGCCGUGGCUGUGGGAGAGACUGUGCUGCUACUGAACCCGGCCUUAGGGGACCGGCUGGUGGUGGGCAGCACAGACCAGCUGCUUGGCACCUUCACUGUGCCCGAGGAGCCCAUCCAGCAGCCGGCCGACUGGCUGGAGGUCUCAGAGGAGGAACACCAGAGGGGCCUGAGGCUUCGGAUCUGCCACGGCAAGCCAGUGACCCAGGUGACUUGGCAUGGGCGUGGAGACUACUUGGCCGUGGUGCUGGCCACCCCAGGCCACAGCCAGGUGCUGCUCCACCAGCUGAGCCGGCGCCGCAGCCAGAGCCCCUUCCGCCGUAGCCAUGGACAGGUGCAGCGAGUGGCCUUCCACCCACUGCGGCCGUUCCUGUUCGUGGCCUCGCAGCGCAGCGUCCGCCUCUACCAUCUGCUGCGCCAGGAGCUCACAAAGAAGCUGACGCCCAACUGCAAGUGGGUGUCCAGCCUGGCAGUGCACCCCGCAGGUGACAACAUCAUCUGUGGCAGCUAUGACAGCAAGCUGGUGUGGUUUGAUCUGGACCUUUCCACCAAGCCUUACAGAGUGCUUAGGCACCACAAGAAGGCCCUGCGCGCUGUGGCGUUCCACCCCAGGUACCCCCUCUUUGCCUCUGGCUCAGACGACGGCAGUGUCAUCGUCUGUCAUGGGACAGUGUACAACGAUUUGCUGCAAAACCCGCUGCUUGUGCCUGUUAAGGUGCUGAGGGGCCAUGUGCUGACCCGGGACCUGGGAGUGCUGGACGUGGCCUUCCACCCCACACAGCCUUGGGUCUUCUCCUCUGGAGCCGAUGGCACUGUGCGCCUCUUCAGUUAGCCCUGGGGAUCUGGGGCAAUACAGCUGUUUCUCUGUUG